CCCUGGCCCAGAAGAAGAAGAAGGGAAACCACCCCUUCCUAAUCUCUCCUCCUUGGAAGGAGAUGCAGCCUGGCCUUGAGCCUUGGGCCCCAUGGGGAGAAGGGGGCCUCAUGCAGAGGGGAUAUUGGGGGUCAGCACAAGGGAGCAGCCGGGGGAUCCUUUUGAGGAGGCAGAGAGGGGCCCAGGGCUUUCCCCACCCACCCACUCACCUGCCUGCCUGGCUCCUCUUUUCCCCCCUUGAGUUUUAAAAACAAUUCAAAGUUCUGUUUGUCAUCUGUAUUUCCACAUAUUUUGCUUUCGUUUUUAUAUUGAUUUUUGUCUCUUGUUUCAAAGUGUCUUGGUUCUUCUUCACAAGGAAGGCUGUGGAUCACGAGGCAUCAGCUGAAGGAAUCACGGAGGGAUCCAGUGUAGGUUGGGGCUGAAUGGGAGCUCAAUGGGAGGCCAGGUGGGCCUGGAGGCUGGAGAAGCAGAGGCCCAAGUGGAAGGAGGGCCCAGCAUCACCUGGCUCUGUUUCUGUGUAUUUCUUUGUUGUCCAUUUUGGCCAUUUCAAAAACGUUUGUAAUCCAAUUUUCUGGUGUUGGUUUCCAUAGUUUUGCAUAUUCAAUUCAUGUGACUUCAAAAUUGGUGUUGGGACUGAAUGGGACCUCAAUGGAAGGCUAAGUGAGGCCCAGCAGGAGGAGCAGAGGACCAAGUGGAAGGAGGGCCCGGCAUUACCCGGCUCUGAAAUAAAUAAAGGGCUUGUUAUUACUCCAGAAAAGAAGCCUCAGGAAACCCGUGGUCUAAUUCUGCCUUUCUUUCACAGAAGAAAUGUGAUUGUUGGCUGAGAAUUUUUCAGUAGAGCCUGUUGAAGGAUUUCUUUCCCUUGACAUAAAGAGCCAGGAAGAGCAUCUUGGAUCCACUUUGCUUCUUCAACAAACAGUGGUUCCAACAUGGAGAGAUCCAACUCACCUGGACCUGGGAGCAGUGGGGCAUUCUGGGGGAAAAGUACACAGAAGUUCCUGAGUGUGGAACUAUAUAGUUCACACAUACAGUGCCAGCGCUUCAGGCAUUCCUCCUUUCGAGAGGGCGAGGGACCCAGAGAGGUUUGCAGCCGCCUCCACUCUCUCUGCCGCCAGUGGCUGAAGCCAGAGCAACACACCAAGGCGGAGAUGCUGGACCUGGUGAUCCUGGAGCAGUUCCUGAGCAUCCUGCCCCCAGAGAUGGGGAGCUGGGUCCGAGAGUGUGGGGCAGAGACCUCUUCCCAGGCGGUGGCCCUGGCGGAAGGCUUCCUCCUGAGUCGGGCAGAGGACGAGAAGCAGGAAGGACAGGCCCAUAAUAACUGCGUUGAAGUCCAUCCUGAUGUCUCUGAAUCGGAGAAAACUCUGCCAGGCCCCACCCAGAGCCUCCAGCAGAAGGAGCUCAAGCAGGAAGGAGAUGGGACUGCGGCCUUGGAGGGGGCUGGAAUGAUGUUGUUGCCGAAUCCUCAGUCAUUUCUUCCCCUUUGUGACGGAGUGGAAGUGAAUCAGGGCCCAAUCGCCUUUGAGGAGGUGGCUGUCCAUUUCUUCCCAGAGGAGUGGGCUCUCCUGAAUCCUGGUCAGAAAGCCUUGCAUGGGCAGAUCAUGGAGGAGAUCCGUGGGAUGGUAGACUCUCUUGCAGAUAACUGGGAAAAGAGCAAUGUAUGCACCAAACACUGGAAGCAUUUGGGACACACCAGGGGCCAUAUAAAAAAGAAAACAUACCAAUGCCAGGAGUGUGGGAAAUGUUUUUCUUUCAGUUCAGCCUUGGUGAGGCACAAAAGACUCCACACAGGAGAGAAGCCAUACCAAUGCCAGGAGUGUGGGAAAUGUUUUCCUUAUUCAUCCUUGGUGAGCCACAAUAGACUCCACACAGGAGAGAAGCCAUACCAAUGCCAAGAGUGUGGGAAAUGUUUUGCUGAUAGUUCAACCUUAGUGAGCCACAAAAGACUCCACACAGGAGAGAAGCCUUACCAAUGCCAGGAGUGUGGGAAAUGUUUUGCUUACAGUUCACACUUGGUGAGCCACAAAAGACUCCACACAGGAGAGAAGCCAUACCAAUGCCAGGAGUGUGGGAAAUGUUUUACUAACCGUUCACAAUUGGUGAGCCACGAGAGACUUCACACAGGAGAGAAGCUAUACCAAUGCCAGGAGUGUGGGAAAUGUUUUGCUGACCGUUCACAAUUGGUGAGGCACAAGAGAGUCCACACAGGAGAGAAGCCAUACCAAUGCCAGGAGUGUGGGAAAUGUUUUGCAUACAGUUCAGCCUUGGUAAGUCACAAAAGAAUCCAUACAGGAGAGAAGCCAUACCAAUGCCAGGAGUGUGGGAAACGUUUUGCUACCAAUUCACACUUGGUGAGCCACAAAAGAGUCCACACAGGAGAGAAGCCAUACCAAUGCCAGGAGUGUGGGAAAUGUUUUGCUGACCAUUCACAAUUGGUGAUCCACAAGGGGCUCCACACAGGGGAGAAGCCAUACCAAUGCCAGGAGUGUGGGAAAUGUUUUGCUCGCAGUUCAGUCUUAGUGAGCCACAAAAGACUCCAUACAGGAGAGAAGCCAUACCAAUGCCAGGAGUGUGGGAAAUGUUUUGCUCGCAGUUCAGUCUUAGUGAGCCACAAAAGACUCCACACAGGAGAGAAGCCAUACCAAUGCCAGGAGUGUGGGAAAUGUUUUGCUCAGAGUUCAAACUUGGUGAGCCACAAAAGAGUCCACACAGGAGAGAAGCCAUACCAAUGCCAGGAGUGUGGGAAAUGUUUUGCUAACCAUUCACAAUUGGUGAGCCAUGGGAAACUUCACACAGGAGAGAAGCCAUACCAAUGCCAGGAGUGUGAGAAAUGUUUUGUUGACCGUUCACAAUUGUUGAACCACAAGAGAGUCCACACAGGAGAGAAGCCAUACCAAUGCCAGGAGUGUGGGAAAUGUUUUGUUGACCGUUCACAAUUGGUGAGGCACAAGAGAGUCCACACAGGAGAGAAGCCAUACCAAUGCCAGGAGUGUGGGAAAUGUUUUGCAUACAGUUCAGCCUUGGUAAGUCACAAAAGAAUCCAUACAGGAGAGAAGCCAUACCAAUGCCAGGAGUGUGGGAAACGUUUUGCUACCAAUUCACACUUGGUGAGCCACAAAAGACUCCACACAGGAGAGAGGCCAUACCAAUGCCAGGAGUGUGGAAAAUGUUUUGCUCAGAGUUCAAACUUGGUGAGACACAAAAUACUCCAUACAGGAAAGAAGCCAUACUAAUGCCAGGAGUGUGGGAAAUGUUUUGCUGAUCAUUCACAAUUGGUGAUCCACAAAGGACUCCACACAGGAGAGAAGCCAUACCAAUGCCAGGAGUGUGGGAAAUGUUUUUCUUACAGUUCAAACUUGGUGAGGCACAAAAGACUCCACAAAUGAGAAAAGCCAGACAGAUGCACAGAUGCAUGGAUUGUGGGAAAUGUUUUAUUCAGACUUCAUCCCUUAGGAUACACCACACAACUCACACAGGUUAAAAAAGAAACAAAUGCCAGGCAUGUGGGAAAUGUUUUUAUCGGGGUUAAUACUUUUUGAACCAUCAGAGACUACAUACAGGUGAGAAAUCAUCCAAAGUGCUGGGACAAAACUAAUAAAAUGUGUUGCAACAGGGAAAUGGUGGGUUCUGGACAUUCUAGUGCUGUAAGCUACAUUUUCAACUUUUCCUGAUGAAAACUUGUGAUUCCCUUGGCUUUAAGUAGGGUUUGGCUUGACUUUGGACCGAUCUCUUAGACAACUUUCUUCGUGGUUUUGUACUCAGUUAUGCAAUACAACUCUCUUCUUGGGUUUGAA